AUGCUGCACUUCGCAGGAGUUUGGCCCAGAACGAGAUCGAGUGGUAUUUACCGGUUUUUCACGUACGCCCAUGCGUUGGCAUCGGUUUUCAUGAUUCUCGCAAUCUCUAAAUUUUGUCUCGAGCACACUACGAAUCUUCAUCUCUUCUUAACGGGUCUCAGUCUGGGUCUCGGCUUCGUGACUAUCAUCCAAAAAAUGAUAUGUUUGGCCAUUUAUCGAGACAAUUUAUCCGAGUUGCAUGCGACUCUGGCCCACACGUUUGCAAAAGAUUACAACAAUGCCGAGUUGCAACCGAUUUUAAUGUCGCCAUUUUUAACUUUUUAUCGACCUUACCAAGUGAUGAUGGGAAUAGCCUGGUCAGGAAUGGCACUCUACUGGGGCGUUCCACUGGUUUUCAUACUAAUUCAGCACGCACAAGGAGCAAACGUCAUAAAAUACAUGCUCCCUUUUCCGACCUCGUUCCCUUGGCCAAUAAGUGCCAACAAAUUGGUUUACGCAGGAAUUUACAUCUUCGAAAUCUACGCAUCAACCUGCCUCACUGUUUUUACUGUCGCUGUCGAUUCCCUCUUCGGUUAUUACAUCUUCCAAAUAUCCGGACAACUUCGCACCUUAUCCUAUCGGAUCAGAAAUUUAAACUCGAGGGAUAAUCAUCGAGAAGUUAUCAUCGAGUGUGUCUCCAGACACCAAACUUUAACGCGUUGUCAAGAGAACCUCGAACGCAUUUAUGGACCAAUCGUUCUUUGGCUGUCCGGCGCAAGUGCCAUGGUCCUGUGCGCCCUCAUUUAUCAAGCUGCUCAUUUGAACCCAAAGAAAGCGGUUAUCGUGAUCAUGUACAUAUUCAUCAAAGCCGUCCAAACAUUGUUCUAUGGCUGGUCUGGAACUGCUCUGACAACCGAGAACGACAAUUUUCGGGAGGCCAUAUACGCCAGUGAUUGGCCAGGUUCGGGCGAAAAAACCCUCAUGACAAACAUUUUGAUUCUGCUAAUAUACAACAAGCCCUUCGUCCUUAAAGCGUGUUCCGUCACGACCAUUUCCGUGGACAUGUUCCUCGCUGUUUCCAAUACCGCAGUCUCCUACUACUUUAUGUUGCGAACGUUGGAGGAAGUUGGAGAUGGAAUUCCAAUGCGAGUGAAAGCACAGUUUCUCCAUUUUCCUCGGAUCAUUUUGAGGCUCGAUUUUUAUCGGUUGCUCCUUAAGAUGAUCGAUCAGGCUGAGAAAUACGAAAAAUACGCGAGCUCCGUGAAAUGGAUGUUUUUUCGGGGUGGAAUAUCUUACGGUCCAGUGCCAUUUAAAUUGAUUAAUUAUUUGCAUUUCAUUUACCUUUCUAUCACGGUACCGAUGCUCUACGGAUGUAUUCUUUUUAUUGCUGAUAACUUGACUGACAUUGCUCUAAUCACGAAAUUUAUGGGCGUAUUUAUCAGCAUUUUGGGCUCAGUUAUAAAGAUGGGUCUGUACAAUUUUUACCGGGAGGAUCUUACGAGGAUGCACGAAACAUUGGAGUCGACGUUUCGUGUUGAUUUCGGGGAUGCAAAAACUCGCGAAGUGUUACUUUCGCCGUUGAAUUUUUUCUAUCGUGUGACGCUGAUAAUGUCCCGAAUAUUCACAGCAAUUCCGGUAUUCUAUUCGAUCGCUCCGCUGCUUGCAACGAUUAUUCAGUAUGUUCAUCACGCAGAUCCGAUCGUUUAUCAUUUGCCCAUUAUGACGAAAUUCCCGUGGAGCACCGACAGCAGCCUCCUCGUUUACACGCUGCAUUAUAUCGUCGAGUCUUUUUGGAGUCUCGGGAUAGGUUUUGUUGCUGUCAGCAUGGAUGCCGGGCUCGGUUUUUACGUUUUUCAAAUGGGCGCACAGCUCCGGGUGCUCUCGCACAGACUUGAAAGCGUUAAGGCGAGCGACGACUAUCGGGCUCUCAUGAGAGACUGCGUUUUGCGACGUCAGAGCUUGAACCUGUGUCGGGAUACUCUCGAACGAGUCUACGGACCCAUCGUUCUGUGGUUCAUGGUUUCAAGCUCUAUUAGCUUGUGCGCCAACGUUUAUCAGAUGACCAAGAGAAACUCCGACAGCAUCGUAAUCUGCGUGAUUUACAUCGUCGCGAAACUCGUCCAAGCUCUGUUCUACGCCUUGUUCGGCAAUUUCCUCACAUCAGAGACCGAGUCUUUCAGGAAUGCUGUGUACAACACCGGGUGGCCAGGCUCCGGAGAGAUUCCUUUCAUGACGAGUGUCCUCAUAAUGCUCCUGUGGAAGCCCCUGAUUCUGUCUGCUUGCGGUUUUUCUACUAUAUCACUGGACAUGUUCGUGGCUAUAGUAAACACCGCCAUGUCGUACUUCUUUUUGCUUCAAACCCUCGACGAGGCUAAGUAACGCGACUCUUCGUUAUUUUAUUAUAAACUAAACCUUCUUGCAAUGCCAUUGUUCGGUUGUAUUCGAGUUUUGAGAAAAUAUACACAC